UUAAAAUAAGCAUGCCUACUGAAUACCAUUUUUAAUUACUAACCUAUUCAGAAAUCACUAUCAUGAUUGUAUUUGAUUAAAAUGCCUCUUUCUUUACAGUUUUUAUGAAAUCCAAAUAUUUUCAUUGGAAACCGUUUUGAGGAUUUCUCACAAGCAAUUAUCAGUUAAACAGCCUUUUUAAACCUUGUUAAAACCUCGGUUAAGCUCCAUGCACAUCUAUACAAACGGCUGUCGAUUUGUCUUGUCUGUCUUCAAGCAUGAGUCCUGAUUGCUGCAGUUGCAGUGUCUUUCACAGUCAAAGCACAAACAUUAAACCAAAACUGAUCUAAUUUAAUGAACCCACUUGCCAGCCAAAAUUAAACUAAAGAUUUCCAGUAAACACCAUUCUAUGUCUGGAAGUCUCAGCUACAGGCCGUCAGACAAUAAAGCCCAGAUGAGGCAGAGGUUAGGAACAGUUGUUUCAGUUAUAACUAAAUAUGUAAUAUACCAUGAAUGGACUCUUAAUAUGAGGGGCCACUAUAAGCAUUUAGCCCCUAAUUAAAAUGUCUAAUUUGGAAUGAAAAGACCAGGGCGACCUUACAAUAUAGAGCAAUCCAAUAUAAUAGCCCUGCAAUAAGCACCACCUCUAUGAAGCUGAGUAUUCAGUUUAUUGAGAAUAUCAAGUUUUCAUUCAAACUGAUGCACUAUCUGGCCUUGUUUCUCUCCCAGGCAGUUACCAAAGAAACUCAAUGAUAAGCAUGGUGAAUGUCAAAUACUGCCAACAUACUGUAUAGUUAUGUUUUAGAUGCAGCUCCCAAACGCUGCCAAAUCAUAUAAUGUUGAAUGGAGAAAAGUCUCCAAAAGGUGGGCUGCAUGUGCCGAACGCCUGAAAGUUAGUCGAGUCGAUCAUCAUAACGGGCAGAAAAAUAAAAAGCAGGAAAUGUAUUUACCGGUGACUGUAGAUUAUGUUAAAUCAACACCUCUUAACAACCCAAACAAAAACCAAAUAUGGGCAUUUUUUCAUCCACUGGGGUUUUACAUAAUUGUUCCUGUUAUUGUGCACCUAAUAUGAAUAAAUACCAAAUUCUCCAAUAAAUGUUUUUUAUUUUCCAUAGUCUUAUUGGCCAUGUUCAGCAUCCGUCUCUGUCAUGAAACUCACUGGCUUGUAUAUAAAGCCUGGAUAAUUCCCCCUUGAACCCCAAUAUCCCACAAAGAAUUAGAAACCCUCCUAAGCUGCCUGUGAUAGUCCCUAUUAAACCCACGCAAUGUUGUGGACACCCUGUCAGCUUGCCAAGCAACAGAAACAUCCCGGCCAAAUCAUGUAGAGGAGAGCAGAACACUAAGCUUUGGCCAGGCAGCCUGCUGCAAACCAUGUAAUCCCCUGCUAGUAGCUACCGGCCAGAGAGACAGGCUGCUGCUGGGUCACAGUUUUAGCCCAGCUGGCAGCCGCGCUGUGCUUUGGCAGGUGAGAUAUGACUGAAGUGGUUGAUAAUAAGAUUACUCGCAGGGUUGAGAGGAAAUGAGGAAAAUACAAGAUAGACACCCAAAAGGUCGAUGAGCCUACUGAAGUCAGUGUUGGUGUGGGGUUUAUGUGUCCUAAGAAAGUCCCACAACAAAAAACAAAAAAAAAGUGAAUAAUGUAAUCGACAGGGGGUGGACAGAAUAACAAACACUUUGUAGUAGGCUAAGUGAAUACUUUAUUUCCGAGGCUGCAUUAUGAUCAUUGUCUAUGUCAGUCGUUUUAAUAAACAAACCAAAUAAAUGCCUUAGUGCCUGCCCCCUGCAAUGUUGCAUAACUUUGCAGGGCAGCGACAAUCUGGCUUCUUUCUACCCGUAUUAAAUCUGACAUACUUUACGCUGCUAAUUGUGUAACACGCUAAUGUGACUUGCUUGUGCGGGAGCUGCCGUUUUUAUGUGUAGCAGCAGCACAGAUGUCUAAAAAAUCAUCAGGAGGCAGGAGCGAGACCCUGAGCAACAUUUGUAUUGCUUGAUUUAAAAACUACAGGGAAGAUGCCUAGCUGGGUAGGCUACCCCCUCUCUUUUCCUGUUACCAGUAGAUGCUCACUGACUAAAAAACUCAAGGGGAUCAGAAAAAAAACCUUUUUUUUAAGGUCAUCACGUGCGGCAGCAAAGGGCCCCAUUCUGGGUGUUUACAUUGACAUAAGUAAACUGGUUAUGAUCUGGUUUUUGAAGUAGCCUAUCCCGUUUUUAUGUUUAAGCAUGUACAAAUCAUAUCAUGUUAAUGAGACUCCCCAAAUAUGCUGGCUGUCGUGGUCUCCGAGCCGUCAUGCACUCGCAUUCUUUAAAUGGGCUUUAUGCAAGUUACUUGCCCCGCCGACCAUCUGCGCAGGCGCGGCUUCAGCCAACUGACGUAACAGAAUAAACAAAAACAAUGGCGGCAGCGAUAGCGUCGCACUUUCACAGCGAUGAAGAAACGGAGUUUUUUCUCUCGAGUCAGACAGGCAGGCAGACCUCCACCAACCCGAGUACAGACCCAGACAUGGACCCGAUGGCCAGCAACGUGACCAACAAGACGGACCCUCGCUCCCUCAACUCCCGCGUCUUUAUCGGCAACCUCAACACCCUGUUGGUCACCAAGGCCGAUGUGGAGGCCAUCUUUUCCAAGUACGGCAAAGUCUUGGGCUGCUCCAUCCACAAGGGCUACGCCUUCGUCCAGUACGCCAAUGAGAGGAACGCCCGGGCUGCUGUGGUCAGUGAGGACGGCCGCAUGAUCGUGGGACAGGUGCUAGACAUCAACCUGGCAGGCGAGCCGAAACCUCACAGAUCGAAGACAGGGAAGCGUUCAGCAGGAGACAUGUACAGUUCCUCUGUUGAUUUGGACUAUGACUUUCAAAGAGAUUACUAUGAUAGGAUGUACUCCUACCAGCCCCGGGUGCCUCCUCCCCCUCCCCCUCUGUCCCGUGCUGUCAUUCCCACAAAGCGUCCCAGGGUCAGUCUGAGUGGAGGAGGGAGCCGACGAACCAAAACCAGCUUCUCUUCUUCCAAGACCAGCCAGAGGACCUCCCGAGCGAUGAAGGUAGAUGAUCUGCAGACCAUCAAGAGAGAGCUCACACUGAUCAAACACAAGGUGGACUACCUGCUGGAGAGCCUAGAGUGCAUGGAAAAGGACCACAGCAAGAAGUCAGAGAUGAAGAGCUGCCAACCAGAACCAGGUGAGGUGUCCCCCCUCAACUCCUCCACCUCCAGCAAGAAAGAUGAGAGCCUGAAACGGGGCCUGAACGACUCCGACGAGGAGGGCGAUCUGCUGGAUGAUGAAGACGAGAUGAAAUGCAGAGGGCGAGAGGAGGAGGAGGAGGAGGAGGAGGAAGGCGAGCAGGAGGAAGGAGAGGACGACGGAGAUAGCACCAACGGAGACGAGUCCUAAACAUUACACAGGCACACAAACGCAUACAUGCAUAACACAGAUUGUGUUUGAGUGUAUCUCCACACCAGACUUGUACACAGUGGUCAUGUCAUAGCUGCUGAAUUGACUGGACAUUUAUAAACAGUGUAUUGUAGCUAUUGCCUUCUCACACACACACACAUUCUUAAAUAUGUCAAGUACUUGUUUCUGGAUUUUCCAGUUUUCUUUGAAGUUGGUAAUUUUGAUUUUUCCUACUUUUUCCGACCAUUCUUUUAUUCAACUUUUUUAUGGAUAUUUUCUGCCAUGUUUAGAGAAAAUGCAAGUUCAGUUGAGGAUAAAUGCAACAUUGUAUUGCAUUGUAUGUUUUAAUUCAGGGCUAUAAGCCAGUCCAGUGUAACAUUGACUGAGAAAUUGUUUUUUUAGACCGUUUAGUUGAUGUAAAAAAAAUAAUAAAAGACAAGAAUAAUUGAACAAAUUACCACGUGGCAGUAGCUGACAUGACAAGAUUUUCUCAAGUGCAACGGUUUGAAUUUAAGUCAGACUUGAGACAAAAUACCAGACAUGGUACUACAGUCUAGGCUUGAAAAUGUAUAAGAUUGAAAAUAUAGUCCUGAUCUAGCUGCUGUCCAGCUGCCUUCUAACCAGCAGGUGGCAGUGUAUCACAGUAACGGGCCACACAGGAGGACUUAUUUCUGUUACCCUUCUGCUUGUCAGAUAACAAGAGCAUGUAGAAAACCUCAUCAGGAUGCGCAAAUGCUGAGACAAAAUCCCCAUUGCUCUGAAAAAUAGUUUAGUUUGUUGCAGUGUUGCAGCCUUGACUGAUCUGGACUAUGUAAUGCAGUGCUGUCCAUGUUUGUCAGUUUCUGUUGAUGUUUUGUUUGUCAUUCGACUGCACUAGUCAAAGUGAAUAAACAUGUUUUCCAAGUUGGAA